AUGGUACAGUAUUGUUUACGUGGGGGGCUCCCAUUUCCAUCUCGUUUCCAUCUGCUUCUGUCGUACGAUUUGCGCUUCAUGCUUUCCGAGUGGCGUCUUCAGCAGCUUCAAAGCCAAGCGCGCGAGGGUGGGGAGGAAUCGGAGUUUGAACUGGUGUUUGCUGCAGCUGGCCGAUCAGACCUCCUUCCAGGAAGCAUCUCCGGGCUUCGUUUCUCCUCCUCCGCUUUUCCCGUUCAUCGCUCCACGUCGUCUCGCUUCGUUACAGUCACAUCCGUACUAGCGAGGGAUGACGUGGUUGCGACAGGCGACGACAGCGGGUCGCAGGCUCAGCAGAGUCGCACGGAGUCGUUCUUGCUGGCGGUAGAAGAAGGAGAGAAGCGCGUGAAGGAGCUGGAGGUACAUGCCCGUUUCCGCGCUGCAGGCGGAAGAACGGCGAGUUUCCGCGCAUCAGCAGGGGCAGCGACAAGAGCACGUCGAGCCAUGCAGCCAUGCACCACCGCGCUGCAGGCAGGCGGAAGUUCGGAGCGCUUCCGCACUGCAAGCGGAAGGUCGGAGCGCUUCCGCGCUGCAGGCGGAAGGUCGGAGCGCUUCCGCGCUGCAGGCGGAAGGUCGGAGCGCUUCCGCGCUGCAGGCGGAAGGUCGGAGCGCUUCCGCGCUGCAGGCGGAAGGUCGGAGCGCUUCCGCGCUGCAGGCGGAAGGUCGGAGCGCUUCCGCGGUGCAGGCGGAAGGUCGGAGCGCUUCCGCGGUGCAGGCGGAAGGUCGGAGCGCUUCCGCGGUGCAGGCGGAAGGUCGGAGCGCUUCCGCGCUGCAGGCGGAAGGUCGGAGCGCUUCCGCGCUGCAGGCGGAAGGUCGGAGCGCUUCCGCGCUGCAGGCGGAAGGUCGGAGCGCUUCCGCGCUGCAGGCGGAAGGUCGGAGCGCUUCCGCGCUGCAGGCGGAAGGUCGGAGCGCUUCCGCGGUGCAGGCGGAAGGUCGGAGCGCUUCCGCGGUGCAGGCGGAAGGUCGGAGCGCUUCCGUGCUGCAGGCGGCAGGUCGGAGCGCUUCCGCGCUGCAGGCGGAAGGUCGGAGCGCUUCCGCGCUGCAGGCGGAAGGUCGGAGCGCUUCCGCGCUGCAGGCGGAAGGUCGGAGCGCUUCCGCGGUGCAGGCGGAAGGUCGGAGCGCUUCCGCGGUGCAGGCGGAAGGUCGGAGCGCUUCCGCGCUGCAGGCGGAAGUUUCUGUCCCCUCGCGCCAUCCCCCUCCCUUCCCCUUCCCCUCUUCCGCAACUACUCCUUUUCCACCCUGAUCCGCGCCCCUCCCCGCCAUUUCCGCAUUUCCCUCAUCCCCUCUCUCUCCUCUAUGCCCUCUCCCCUCUCUCUCCCGGCUCUUUAUCUCUUUCCCCUACCCUCCGCUUCCCUCCCCCCUUCCCACCCCGAUCACUCUCGCUCCCCUCUCCGUUUCCAGCCCUCGCUUUCGUUUCCUCUCCUUCGCGCACCUUGUGGUAACUCUCGUAGCGUAACCCCUAUUCCCGUUUCCUCUCUCCCUGUUUCUCCUCUCCCUGUUUUCUCCUAUGGACGCCAUGACGAUAUUCCCUUACAAUGUGUGGAAUGA